GGUUAAAAUUAGGGUUAGCUGAAUGAAGCCUUCAUCCAACCUAAUCCUCAUAUUUUUCUGUCUGGUUGUUUAUUUCUCCUCAGGGUUCCUUUCUUUUUCCUUUGUUUAUUGAUUUUCUGUGUAGUUCGCCUCGAUCUUGCUUUCGAUUAUGGAGAUGGAGCGCAUAACCGAGUUUCCCCAUACUCACAUGGAUCGCCGUCCCAGGAAAAGAGCUCGUUUGGGCUGGGACGUUCCUCAACUUCCUAAGGCUCAGGUAGGAUUAUUUUGUGGACAAGAGGUUGGGAAUGAAACAAGCUAUGCAUCUUCUGGAGCAACCUCAGACCUUACUACCUCUACUUCUCUCUUUGUAAAGGGGGUGGCUACAAAUGGUUCUCCCCCAUGGCGGGAAGAUAACAAGGAUGGCCAUUACAUGUUUGCGAUUGGAGAAAAUUUAACUUCUCGAUAUAAAAUACACAGUAAGAUGGGUGAAGGCACCUUUGGUCAGGUUUUGGAAUGCUGGGAUAGAGAAAAAAAGGAGAUGGUUGCUAUCAAAAUUGUCCGAGGGAUCAAGAAGUAUCGUGAAGCAGCUAUGAUAGAGGUUGAAGUACUGCAACAGCUUGGUAAACAUGAUAAAGGUGGAAACCGUUGUGUGCAAAUACGGAACUGGUUUGACUAUCGUAACCAUAUUUGUAUUGUUUUUGAGAAGCUUGGACCAAGCUUAUACGAUUUUCUUCGCAAAAACAAUUAUCGCUCAUUUCCCAUUGAUCUUGUCCGUGAGAUUGGAAGACAACUGUUGGAAUGUGUAGCAUUUAUGCAUGACUUGCGCUUGAUUCAUACUGAUUUGAAACCUGAGAAUAUUCUUCUAGUUUCUCCUGAAUAUGUUAAAGUUCCUGACUACAAGGGCAUGUCACGAAUGCCAAAGGAGAGCUCCUACUUCAAGAGAGUCCCAAAGUCAAGUUCUAUUAAGGUGAUUGAUUUUGGUAGUACUACUUAUGAGCGCCAAGAGCAGAACUAUAUUGUAUCGACACGUCAUUACCGGGCUCCAGAAGUUAUUCUAGAUUAUUUUCUUGGGAUUCAUGUAGGACUUGGGUGGAGUUAUCCUUGUGAUAUAUGGAGUGUUGGUUGCAUCUUAGUGGAAUUAUGUACUGGGGAGGCUUUAUUUCAAACCCAUGAGAAUUUGGAGCACCUAGCAAUGAUGGAGAGGGUCCUUGGGCCCCUACCACAGCAUAUGCUGAAGAGAGUCGAUCGGCAUGCUGAGAAAUAUAUCAGGAGGGGAAGAUUGGACUGGCCUGAAGGUGCUACCUCGAGGGAAAGUAUUAAAGCUGUUAUGAAGUUACCUCGUCUUCAGAAUCUAGUAAUGCAGCAUGUUGAUCAUUCAGCUGGAGAUUUGAUUCAUCUCUUGCAAGGUUUGCUUAGGUAUGAUCCCUCGGAUAGGCUAACUGCUCGGGAAGCUCUAAGGCACCCCUUUUUUGCGAGGGGCCAAUUCAGGAGGUGAUUGCCAGAUUGUAGACUACCAAUGCUUAACCCUGUAAAUGACAAAAUCGGGUAUUGACCUCCAGGGCCCCUGGGCAAUUACUGUUGGCGUCCAACUAUAUAAAGCUGGCGGAUGUAAAUAUAUUUCCCAUUGUUUUUUUUCCCUCUAUUAUGUGGCCGUACGUGAUUAUGGUUGAUCAAUCUGCAGCGACUGUACCGUCAUACCUAUCCUAAUCUUUAACUCAAUGAGAGUCCAAUUAGAUGUACACGAUUAAUGUGGAAUCCAGGAAUUAAUUUAUAACUUUAUUGUUCGAGGA